UAGAAAGUAAUUUAAGACACAUUUACAAAUCAACUUGUAUUGUUUUAGAUGGCAUAUAGUGGCACAGUUCUAAACUGAGAUUUUUCCUUCAGAUUUUAUCCUCCCCAAAUAGAUUUCCUGCUCACUUUGUGUUUGUUUGUUUAAACUAUGUCUCUUGGUAUUGUGACAGCUCAGGACAAUUUUCCAUAUACUGCCAUUCAGUUCCCACAAUAGUUAACUCCCAGGCUUUCAGACAGAUGACUUGCCAACUACUGAGUGAUGCCAUUUGAAGCACAGAAUCAGAUGAAGGGCUCUUUCCUUGGUGUGCCUCAGUAAUUUUGUGCAAUGGGACAACUGCACACUUAUUUUUGAGGGAGUCAUGGUCAGAGUGCAUUAUUCGCUCUCCCUCUUACCAAAGACAAAUGGUUGGAAAAGGUAACCUUCAGCUUCUUCAAGGAAGUUCUUCAGCAGCUUCAGGGAAAUCUGAACAGACCGUGGAUGUAUCUGGAAGGAGAAGAUUCUUUCCAUUCUCUUCUCUGAAUGUUUUCAUGUGGGAAUGACUGUAGUAAGUCCAGAACUUUUUGUUCUUCAUUUCACUCUCCAGAAAGAAAUAGUGUACUGAUACAGAUAUAUGAAUCAAACACAUAAUCCAGUCUUUUCAUAUUGUUUUUUUUCUAUUUCUUUUAACUGUUGAAGAAGAUAGAUUCUCCUCUUCUUUCCUCCUAUGAAAUUCUACCACACUUCCAGUAGCACAGUUUUUGAGCACCUUCCCUCUACAGCUUUUCCAGAACACUGCUUUAGGAACUUCUGCCACUCAUUCCAGUCACUGCACUUACCUGCUUCAUUCACGCUCACUUGUCUUCCACAUUUCCAGCUAUGUUGUUUGUUCCUUCCGACUGAGUCUCAGACGGUGGCACAGUCAACAUACAGGUGAGAUCAUCAUUACCAUUUUUGUGCAGGUUUAAAUGCCAGCCAGCCCUGAGGCUUCCCAGGUUGUUUACUAAUGCUCUUUUUUAGACUGUGGUGUCCUGUCUGAAGAAGCUGUUGUGAACAUGGGAAACCCAGGGCUCAUGAGGGAAAAUGUAUGAUUGGAGUCAGGGGCUCUGUUUCAGUAAUGGUUACAUGACUUAUCUAUCCCCAGUAAAACUUCUUUCCCUUGCAUUUGAUGUUCUUGACUGCUUGAGGAUGUAGGUAAAUUCCCAUUAUGGCAUGUUAACAGCCUAUAUAGAUGAACUGAGGCACAUGGGCAAGCUUAUUCCAGUAGUUAUUCCUUGGAACAGCAGUAAAUCAGCAAGGGCUCUGAGUUUACGUUAUCUCCGAGGCAGGUAGGAAGUUAACAGGGAAGGGAGCAUGACACAAUCCUACACACCAAUGAAAAUCAACAGAAGCCAGUGCUACUUGCUGUCUCUUGUGGGAUGAAAGGAGACCUUCAAAGGGAGAAUUUGUUCCAAAUCAACAGAUCUAACCAUUAUAACAAUAGCAGGGAACCUGAACAACUGCUUCUUGCAAUGGGUUGGGUUUGUAACAUUUUCAGGGUAUUUGCAGUUCUGUUAAAUGGUUCGCUAUGGUUAAAUUAUGUUAUACUGGAGUUGGACUCAGUGAUCCUUGUGGGUUCACUCCAACUCAGGAUAUUCUAUGAUUCUAUGAGUGUAUACUUUGAUAAAUGAUACUUAAAGUUGGACAAACAUGGGACUGACUCAAAACUAAGACAUUUUCCAUUCCCACGACUUUACACUUUGAGGAAAUAUUGAGCUGAGUAACUACAUACUAAUUUUACUUAAUAAAUUAAAUCUUUCUGGAAAAGGUAUUGGUAUCAAGUUUUUGACACACAGCAUUUUGUGUUGUGCCAGAUUCACCUGAAAUACAUAUGUAUGGCUUCAAAUUAUCAUCACUAGCUUUAAAGGGAGCUGAACAGAACUGUCUGGGAACAAUCCAGUGCUCUAGUAAGAGCCACCAAUCCUGUAUGUGAUCGCUGCAUUAUGGGACUUUGCAAUGUGACAGAGAGGUUGCAUGUUCAGGAGCUCUGCAAGCGCAUCUCUGUGACUGUGGUUUAGCAUCCCUAAACUGAACCCCACAGAGAGGGAAGCUCAGUGUUUUUGCUAGCAUGAUAGGCCUAGAAAUCUUUAAUACUUGCUUAGAAUAUUUGCAGCGGGGUUUCAGCUAGCAUUAGUAUAUCAGAGAUAGUUUUCCUUUGCUAAGGCUUUCAGAUCUGACCAGAAAACCAGGGUCCACAAAGUAGAAAGAAGGGGAGGGAAGGAACACACAAUAUUCACAGUAUAUUUUUAUACAUAUUUACAGAAGGAAGAGCUGAGCUAUCCAAACUUGAGCUUUCCCCAUGGAUGAGUCAAACAUAACGUUUCAUCCCAGCGAAGGCACAGAGAACAUCUCAAUGCACAGAAACAUUUCUACACAGGAAAGAGUCUGGGAGAUAUUGACCCCACUUUGGGUAAUUAUGAUCAUCUCCUUCCUGGGUUUUUGUGAAAAUGGAAUUGUCCUCUGGUGCCUCUGCUUCCAGAUCAAAAGAAAUCCAUUCACUGCGUACAUCACACACCUGUCCAUUGCUGACAUCUCCUUACUGUUUUGUGUAUUUAUUCUGUCGAUUGAGUACAUUGCUGGCUUUGGAUUCGCGUAUGGCUUUUACUACUAUAUAACCACCACACUGUCUAUUGUCUUUCUUCUUGGAUAUAAUACUGGUCUCUAUCUCCUGACAGCCAUCAGUAUUGAGAGGUGUCUGUCUAUUGUUUACCCCAUCUGGUACCGCUGCCACCGGUCACGGCACCAAUCAGCAAUUGUAUGCGCAAUUCUAUGGACUCUGUCUUUUUUGAUGACAGUAGCUGAAUACUUAACAUGCAAAGAUGAUUCAACAAGGGAACAAUUUGACGAAGCCAACCAUUGCCAAGCAAUGCUCAUCUUCAUAUGGAUCCUGACUUUCCUGAUCUUCAUUCCUCUAAUGAUUCUGUCCAGCCUGAUCUUGGUCAUCAGGAUUCAUCGUAACUCCCUGAGACCACAUUCAUCAAAGCUCUACAUCAUCAUUGUGGCCACCGUCGUCGUCUUCCUCAUCUUUGCCAUGCCCAUGAGGCUGCUGUACCUUCUGAACUAUCACCAUUGGUCAUCUCUGCUCAGCCAGCAGAACCACGUCACCAUUGUUCUCUCCACCGUCAACAGCAGCAUCAACCCUCUUGUUUACUUCUUUGUAGGAAGCAGCAAGAAAAAGAGGUUCAAGGAGAGUCUCAAAGUGGUUCUUAGCAGAGCACUUGCUGAUGGAUUGCGGCCGAGAAGCCAAGAAGUUGGCAUGAGCUUGGAUAUAGCAGAAACAAUUUUCUAAGGCUUAGAGGGGAAAAAUUCAGGGGCAAAUAAUUGGACUUGUAAGAUUUAAUAAACUAAUGCAAAACAAAAGGUAUUUGUCUUCCAUAGAAUGUAAAAAAAAAAACAACAACAGUAGA